AUGUCAGGCUGCAAGAACACUGCUCUGGUGAUCGACAACGGUUCAGGAGUGUGCAAAGCAGGCUUCGCUGGCGAUGAUGCGCCAAAAGCCGUCUUCCCGUCCAUUGUCGGUCACCGACGACGUGACGGAACCACCACCUCCAUGAAUGGGCGAGAUUCAUACGUCGGCACUGAGGCACAGUCGAAAAGAACCGUUCUUACACUGGAGAACCCCAUCCAACGCGGCAUUGUGAAGAACUGGGAAGAUAUGGAGAAGGUGUGGCAGCACGUGUUUGCGAAUGAGUUGCGCGUCUGUGUCAGCCAACAUCCGGUGCUGCUCACUGAACAGCCACUGAAUCCGAAGGCGAACCGCGAACGGAUGACGGAACUGAUGUUCGAGACGUUCCACACACCGGCUAUGUACGCUGCGGUCCAAGCUGUGCUCUCGUUGUUCGCAUCUGGGAGAACGACAGGCAUUGUGGUCGAUUCCGGUGAUGGAGUCACUCAUGCUGUGCCCAUUUAUGAGGAAAAGCUUGGUUAUGUUGCUGUUGACUUUGAACAAGAAAUGGAAAAGUGGCGAAAAUCAAAAAUAACUGAUAAAAUAUACGAACUACGCGCUGGAGAGGAAAUUACCAUUGGAAGCGAGAGAUUUCAAGAUUUACAGCCUAGUUUACUUGGAGUGCCGUCCUCAGGAGUGCACGAGGAAUGCUACAAUUCCAUCAUGAGCUGUGAUAUUGAUAUCCGUAAGGAUCUCUUUGCGAAUAUUAUUCUUUCUGGUGGCACAACGAUGUUCCCAGGAAUUACGGAGCGUUUGAAGAAGGAAGUGAUUUCACUUGCUCCCAGCGUGGUAAAAGUGAAGAUUAAAGCACCUCCAGAGCGCAAAUACUCUGUCUGGAUUGGCGGUUCGCUAUUGGCUUCAUUGCCGUCGUUUCAGACGAUGUGGAUCACUAAGGCAGAGUAUGAUGAAUGCGGCGCCUCAGUAGUGCAUCGCAAGUGUUUCUGA